AUGCUCUUCAUCAUUGGAGUAGUCGCGUUCUUUGCCAUCCGAGCUGCAGCGCAGCAGUCGUGUACAUGUAGUUGCACAAUAGAUGGUUGCUUUGAAGCGUUGGCAGGAACCUUGCCAUUCUUUCCUCAGGCCACUGUUAGUGACUGUAGAUCUUUUCUAUGGACACGUUCUACUGUUGCCGCAACAACGAUCACUGAAACUAUACCAUCGACGCCUAUUACAGCGACACCCGGCACUGAACCCACAGGACCCGUCACAGCUAUUAAUAUACCUGCUCAGGUUGCUGCCGCCUGCUCAAACGCAGCAGCUUACUCCUCGGCCUGUGAAUGCCUCGGUAUAACCGCCGGAAAGACAACCUUUAUUCAUGUAGAAUUUACGACAACGACAAUCAUUAAACCGGCUGCAACACCAGAUACUUCCUGUGACAGCGCCGGCCUCGAAGUAGCAAUUUACGACAACCCUUACCUAACAUUCACAACGAAUUACCCUGAGUUCAACCCCGAACACUUCAAGAAUCUCGCCCCGUAUGACACUGAUAAAACAAAUAUAUUGGGGCUGCAUUCUACUACUGAAAUGAAUAAUCCUCACGGCUUUACGCCCGCAACACCUGCUAUCUACGUUCUUAACUACCGGGGUUUCUUCUACAGCCCGAACACCACAACGUAUACGUUUAGAAUCUCUGACGCGGAUGACUAUGCCGGCUUUUGGACUGGUUCAAAAGCACAGAUAGGGUGGACGAGAGCGAAUGAGGACGGUGAAUCUACGUUUCACCCACCUGCUGACCCUCCUGUGGUGGGCCAAAUCCAGCUAGCCUUAAGUGCUGGCGAAUAUACACCCCUUCGAAUUAUUUUCGCGAAUCGGGGAGGGGCUGGAAAAUAUACAUUUGAGGUGGUUGACUCAGGCGGGUUCUCUUAUGUUGAAUAUGGCUCAGCUUCACCAUAUCUCGUAUCGCGUUCUUGUCUUAACCCCACCGAUGCACCACCUUUCACGAGCCCUUUUGGCGAGGAGUCUUGA